CCGCGGCUCGUGCACCAUGGACCCGCGACCCCUAGUGCUGCUGCUCAUCCACAUCCACCUGUGCGAGAUGAUGGCCGCGUGCGCCAGCACCAGCGACCUCACCGACCUCACCAACGUGCGCCUCCAGUUCGUCAAGCAGCAGAUCCUGAAGAAGCUGCGGCUGUCGAAGAAGCCGGCGGUGGCGGUGCCCGUCCACAGCCUGCCGAUGCCGGUAGCCCAGGGCCAGACCCUGAGCCAGGGGACCGACAAGCCCCCGGAGUUUGACGACUACUACGGCAGAACGGAGCAGAAGAUCAUCUUUCCCGUUGAAGGGGAGUGCCUAACGUCGGGUCGGUACCCGUUCGCGUGCCUGCAGUUUGAGCUGCCGCCGGACGUCGAACCUGAGGAAGUUACUGUGGUGGAGCUGUGGUUUUAUAAGGAGCCCGACCCCCUGGACGAAUAUAAUCAAACGUUCGUGAUAUCGGAGGCGGCACACUGGGACAGCCAGCAACAGUUCAAGAAGACCAGGCCCAUCGCCAUCCGGGAGACGGACAUCGGCGAGGGCUGGGUGCGGGUGGAGCUGGCCUGGGCCGUGCGCGUGUGGCUGGAGGGCAGGGAGAGGCUGCACACGCUGCAUGUGGCCUGCAGGACUUGCCAGAACCGUCGUUCCCCGCUGUCGUUCCACGAGAAGCACCGUCCGUUCCUGGUGUUGUACACGAAGUACGCGGGCAAACGCCGCCGCAGCCGCACGCUCGAGUGCGGCGCCACCACCAGCGAGUGCUGCCGGGAGCGGCUAUAUGUUAAUUUCAAGGAGCUGGGCUGGGACGACUGGAUCAUCCGGCCGCAGGGCUACCACGCGUACUUCUGUAAGGGCACCUGCCUGCCCAUCGCCGCCGUCGCGCAAGCCGACAGCUAUCACCAUAGUAUUAUUAGAAAAUAUUUCUACUCGGUGUCAGAAGAGCGGCGGGGAGAGUUUAAACCAUGCUGUGCACCCACCACAUUCAGUUCGCUACAGCUACUAUACAUAACGAAUAACACUGUUACACAGAAGACGUUACCGAACAUGGUGGUGGAAUCUUGUGGGUGUAUGUGAUAUAGUUGGGACUUGGAGAACGCAAAAUCUACUUGGUGUGGAAGAGUGUAGAAAAGUAGUGUUUCAGUGAAUAUUAUUAGAAAUAAAUACUAUCUAGCAUUUAGUCAAGUUGUCAUCGCCAGUAACGAGCUUCGUCAUCGUUACUGGCGAUGACAACUUGAUUUGACUUUCCCGAACUUCGCGAAGUUCGGGAAAGCGGUAAUGAGUUUGAAAAAAGAAUCGCUAUGUCAAAUCUCAUACAUUCACGUUUUCUAACUUCGUUAUCGUUAUUGGCGAUGGCGAUUUCGAUAAAAGCGAUUUACGCGUACGAUCACGCAUAUUUUCUAUAGAGUACCUACCGACUUUUUUGUUGUUCGUAGCCUAAUUAAAAUAAUUAUGAUUAUGGAGGUUGUAAGUGUUAUGUUUUGAUCAGUGAUGCAUUUAUGUGAGAAACAAAUGAGGUAGGAUUAUUUAUAUUAAAAUUAAAAAAUGCUUAGUAAUAAGUAGGAACAUAAAUUGGGUUUGCUUGAUGAAGGACAUAGAAAUGAAGAAUGUAAGUCAUAGGUUUGUUUGUCUUUGUUUAGAUAGAGAAAUAUUAGGAAAAGCACGAAAUGGGGACAAAAUUAUCUCUGUCGUUCCCGUCAGCAUUCCGAUUAUAGACUUUAGCACACAAAAAAUAGAGUCUACUUCAAAAAGGCAAAUGGUGGACGACGAGGACAAUUUUGUCGCCAUGCUUCUGGUCCCACACGGGUCUUAAAAACUUUGUUUUAUUGUUACAUUCCAACGAAUGUUGUAGCUAUAGUUUAAGACUAUUUAAUUUCUGUCCAAUUAGUGUAAAUAGUAAGGAAAUUUCUUUGUUUGUUAUGUACUUAUUUAUUUAUAGUCGAAGACGGGCAGAGAUAAGUCGGUUAUAAAUAAUCUUUGAAUUAUAACAGUGUCAAUGUAUCUCAAUUCGAACCGCUAAGAGAACCGGACUUUGAUACACUAUCUCGCGCCGUGUGCCGAUAAAUUACAUUUUGUUCCAAUUAGCUUAGGGCGCGAAUUGCUAACGUUCCAAAUUUGAAUUUGAAUAUUCUUUUUCUUUUUCACUCGUAUAAAGUAAAGUAUACACACGUUAUAUUCGUUUUUUUAUAAAAAAUUAAACAACUGGAGAUGUGUAAGUAGACAUAAAAUUGAUUCCUGAAUAUUUAAAUUUACAAAGGUUGUUAGAAGGCAAUAAUGUUUGUUAUUUCAGUUAUAUUGUAGCUUACCUACUUACUCUCAUAGAAUUGUACGGUUGUUUGUAUAAAAUUAAUAUAUUUGUUAUCGGUGUAGCCGAGUCGUUGUCGAGUUAUCCCAGUGGGAUGCAUGUGAUGAUAAUUAUUGUUAUUUAGUUAAUGUACUUAACUUAGGCACGACAGUGUUUAGUAGCGCGUUCCAGUGCAUAAGUAUUAUAGAUCAUAAGUUCCUAUUUGUAAUUACACUAAAAUUCUAUUUUCAAAUUAAAUAACGUUCGACUUA